AUGAACUAAUAACCUCAUUCUAUAGAUUCAAGUCAAAUCAACCUUUUAAAAAAUUUAGAUGACAUUGAUGAUAUCUUCAAUGGAUUAGCAUAGGAUGAUGGAGCAUAAUUAGAUCAAGAUUUUGAAGACUUUUUAGAAUGUUUCAGUGAUGAUGAGGAUUCUGAAGAGGAAUCUAAUUAUAGGCCAUUUCCAAGUUUUAGAAAUGUUACUCCAUCAGUUUAAUUUUCAACAUUUGCUGAAUCAGAUUAAGUUAUUAAGAAAUAAACAGAAGAAAGACUAUUGGCUCCUUCUGGUGAUCAUUAAUUUCCAGUUUAUGAUGAUUAAUAAUAAGAGGAUUCAGUUGAUGAAGGUGAUGACCUUUCUGAUUUCUUUGAUAGCUUUGGUAAUGAGAAAUAAUAAUUUUAGAUAUAAAUAACACUCAUUAAAAUAAGGAAGAUGAGGUAAAUUAUAUCGAAAUAAAAUAUUUUGAUGAGACAUAUAAAAUACCAAUAUUUACAGCUAAAUUAUUUGAACCAGAGCAACCUCUAGAGGAUAGACUGCUUUUUGAAAAUACUGAAUUAGUAUUAUCUAAAACAGAAAUGCAUGAUUUUCAUAAGCAUUUAGAAAGAAUUCUAACUUAAGUAUUAUAAUAUUAUAUAUUAAAAGGAUCAAAAGAACUUUAAUGAUUUCACAUUUUCUGUAAUGAUUUAAAAAAUUCAAUCUGCUUUACUGGCUGAUCUUUUAAAAUCCUUUUAAAAAGUAUGAAUAAAAUAUAUGAUAAAUUAGAUGAAAGAUUUUUAAUAAGUAUGGUUAGAUAUAUCUCCAUCAUUUAUAUGUUAAGAAAAAGUUACAUAAUUUGGAAGAUAAUUAAAAUAAUUUUAAGAAUCAGUUAAUUAUGUGAUUGAUAGUAAUUCAAAUAAGAUAACAAGUAGAAGAUUUUUUGAUAAAUAAAAGCCAGCAUACUUUUAAGAUAAAAAGAAGGAUAAUAAAAAGAAAGAAAUGACUGAAGAGGAAAAGUAUAAAUAAUCUUUAUAAAUAGAAUAUUAGAACUUUAAUAAAUACCUUAUAAUUAGAAUUUUAUUCCAUAAUCUAGUUUAGUUAGCAUUCUUUUUUUUAAAGCAUAGGCUCUAUUUGAAUCAUGGUUAUAAUUUUUACAUCAUAAAAAGAAUUCUGAAAAAUAUAAAGAAGUAUCAAUAUUAAAUAUUCUUACUAGAUUUCAAAUAGAUUUAUUAGACUAUAUGGACACUGGAAAACAGUAAAAUUAUUGAAACAUUUUGCCAAUUUUAUUGCAAAAACAAAAUCAAUUUAUAUGAAACCAUUGAAAGGAGAAGAUCAAUAAUAAGAUCUAAAAGAAGAAUUAAAAUUUUACUAAAAUUUCUUAUCAAUGAAGACUUUAGGAAUAGUUAAUAAUUUAACUAAAUCUACAACCUUAAAUAUAGAUGGUGGUAAAUUUAAAGUAAAAUCACUAAAUCAAAUUAAAGUACCUUUAAAAUAGAAGUACAUUUCUUAACAAUAUCUUAAUUAUACUUAAGAACUAUUAUGA